CAUUGCAGACGAUUUGCAAAAUAUAAAAUUUAUUUUCCAACAUAAUGAAAAGCCUACCGCAGGAAAUAUAGAUUGCUACUCAGAGAGAAAGUCUAUAUAUCUUGGUGAAACUGUUAGGUUGUAUGUGGUUAUUUCCAGAGAAACGAAUGCCGAAGAACGAUGGAAAUCUCGUAUCUGCCAAGUGGCCGCAAGUGGCAAUUUUUCAAAAAUCGAUGAAACAACAAAACUGAAAUUUAAGUCCCCCAAGAAAACCCCAGUAAGAUCCUCCAAUACUUUCACCGUUUGCCCAGUAGCUGUAACUUUGUCAGAAGAUUCACUUACAUCAGAAUAUAAUUUAGAAAACAAGGAUUUCAAACCUUACUUUAUUGAUGACAAGAAUUAUCUUGUACCAGUUAAAGCAUGUCUUAGUUCAAUGGAUGGCUAUAUAAAUCGUGUCAAUUUGAAUGUAUCAGUCUGGAUGUGCACAUCUCCAUUAGAUCAAACACCAGAUCAAAUAGCCAAAAAAGAUUUUCAUCUGGACAAUCUAACAUUACAAGUUUUAAAGAAAAAGACAGUUCAACAGAAAACAGUUAGCAAGGAACUGAAUGUCAUAAAUCCACCAUUGUUUAAGAUAAAGGUCACAACAGCAGGAGGAAAACAUCUUCUUUUGGUUCAUGUUUGUAAUAAAAGUAAUGAAUCGGUAGAGUUAAUAGAUCUAAAUAUAUUAAAUACGUCCAGUAAAUACAGUGUUGAAGAAUCAGGAAGUCAUGUUCUAGAUACAGGCAAUAAUAAUAAUUUGAGUUCUGAACAUAUCACAUCUAGAAUUCAUUUUAAUAAAUUAGGAAGUACAACUCUACCAUGUUCCCUAUUGCCAGAAGAAGAAAUGUCUUUCAUCUUUAAUCUGUCUCUAGAAAAUUUCAACUCAUCAAUUUCAGAAUUGGAGCUGUAUUUUAAAUCUCAACUUAAAUGGCGUCACAGUUCUUCUGUAACUAAUGUUAUUACAGUUUAUAGGUUACCAAAGUUUUGUGUGCAUUAUGCACCUUUUAUCAUUUCUAUUGGAUGUUCAGAGAAUAUUACUGUAGGCAAAAGUUUCACCCUAACAUACAAUAUAGUGAAUAAACUACAGGAUUUUUUAAGUAUGAAACUGUACUGGAGUUUAAAACAUCAACUGGAAGUAGCUAGACAGAAAGGUGAUAAUGAUGGUAAUAGACAGAGAUUAGAAAUGAUGAAUAGAGCUGUCAUAUGUCAUGAUCCUGAUAUACACGUGGGUUCAUGUCCUAGAGGUUCAUCUGUACCUGUUCCUGUUUCUUUCCAAAUAUUAGAACCAGGAUUAUUUGAGUUUAGCGACUUAAUGAAGGUAAACCUAAGAUAUGCCCUACCAGAUUCACAGAGUACCCUUAAACAAGACUCACUAGGUACUCCGGUGUCCAUAGACACAACCUCUACACUGUCCACGGAAGACCAACUGGCAGCCUCAGAAGAACUGUGGAGAGAUCGAAGUGGUAGCACAUCAUCACUCAACACACCAACAUCAGAGAGUGCUGAAGAGAAGCGUAAAUCUUUUGCCACCAAGUCCUACUCAUUUGGUGACCUGGGACCAACUUUAUCAACAGAUUCUGAUGAAGCGAGGAGGAAAAGGUUUAAAAACAUAAAGAGAUCAUCAGCUGUACCCCCACCCCGACCGCCACCACCAAGAUUAUUAACACAAGUAGAAAAAGAUGUCACAAAUCCGAGUAACUUUCUUAAAAAAUCAUUCCAAGUUUACAUUCCUCAUCAUGUUUAAUUUUUUUUAUUUAAAUGGACAAGACCUUUUGGAUUUGAUGUGUUAUUUCAAGAGAGAAAUCUAUUGUAAAAGAGAUUGUGAAAGAUCCCAUUCACAACACAGCUUAGGAACUUAGGAAGGACUUCCUUUUGUUUUAUACUCAAAAGCUUAAUUUGACUGAAUCUGCAGAUUUUAAAUUAUAAUGUAUAGAGAUGUUCCCCACAAUAACUCAAACAGGUCUUUUCGUUUACCUGUUGCUAUUUAUUUUAAAAAGGCAUUUUGUCAAGUUAUCAAAUGGUUUCUAAUAUUGUAGUUAAGUUUUUAGAUACCAAUGCAACAUUUAAUGAGGACCAAAAUUGUUGUCACUUCUGCAUCCAUCUACGUCACUGUACAGGUCAAAGUUCCGAAAAGGUUAAAUAAACUGAAAUGGGGUUUAAUGUCCUACCUUUAUGCACCAACCGGGUUUACAAAGAUGGGUAUAUACCAUGCAGUUUUCUCAAUCAAUACACCUAGAAGCUUUUCCGUUUCCUUCAAAACUGUAGCUAUUUUUCAUUUGUUCGUGAUAGAAAACAUUAUGGAAAUUAAGAAUUUCCUGAUACCAAAUUACAGAAUUCAUGUUCAAACUUAUGAAAGAAUGUUAAUGUCAUAUAUUGGUGUUGUUCUGGACUGUUGAUUUGUCCGAUUCCUUGGUCAACCUUGCAGACCAUAUGAGUUAUGCCAUAAUCCCUAUCUUUAUUAUUAAAAUGUAAAAGUAUCUAGUAGGCUGGAGUAAUUUUUCUAUCAGUCUUGAUCAAGAGAGUGUGAGUGCAUAAUUUAAUGAUCUCAAAAUGAGUUUAAUAUGUUGUAUUUCUUUGUUUCGUCCUUAUUUAAAAAUUGUAUUGUCAACUUCUUUAUAUUUACUGUGAUGCUGGUAUAGUUUUGUGUGCAUAAUAUUUCAAGUAAUUUUGAUAGUCUUUAUUCUACUGUAUAUUAUCUCUGCUUUGGCUACAACAAAUUUUAAAGUGGACAAUAGCAUUUAUUGUGUACAUAUAUAUUAUUGUAUAUAUAUAUACGGUAAUUAGCUGUCUGGUUAUUCGGUUGUACAGUUCAAGCAAUGAAUCCACCAGUAAACAAUGCAUUUCAAAUACAAAACGAGUGUCAUAUUUCCUUUCCACCAAUUGUAAGAUAUACAAGAAUCUCUGUUCAUUCGUUCGUUUUACGUCCACUUUCCCCUAGGGGAGAAUCUGUAUAGGAUCUUUGACACUAUAUACAAAUUUAUCUCUAUUUAGCACAAACUAAUUUCACAAGGAAUAAUCAGACAAGUUUUGAUAUAUUAUUCACUGUGGAUUUUUAUAACUGUCAUCAGUUGGUCUGUGAUGAACUUAAGACAGGUCAAAUGUUGUUCCCAUACUGAAAAAAUAGCCUCAUAAGGCAUAUUUGUAACCACCACUUUGAUCGAUGUAGCAACUUUGCUGCUGGUAGCAGUAUAUGGGGGCAGAAAAGGUCCUGUAUAAAUAUGUGAUUGUAUGAGUCUUAGACUUUGUGAUGUUCUAUUAUGUUGUUUUAUUUUUUAAAAGUUUUUCUUUUAUUAUAAAAUAUAUUUAUUACAUUUAUUAUAUGUUUCAAGCUUUUUUAAAUGAAUCUCGUUUUCUUUUUGUUCAUCAUUAUCAGUAUUUUGUUAGCUGUUUUUAAAAACAUAUUCCUUUCAAUUCUAGUGAUAGGAAAUUCUGUAUUAUUAGUGAUGUAUAUGUUGUUUUCUUUGGAAUUAGCCAAUAGAUGGUUGUUAAUGGGUCAUUGUCAUAAAUUAUAUACAAACACAUGUGCAAUAUUGGUGAUAGGUCUAUAACCUAAGCCUAUUAUUAUUUAUAAUGUAUAUCAAUCUGUUCCAUGUUUAGUUAUUUUGUUUUCAAAAGUAAGUAAAUAAUUGUUGAAAAGUUAAAUUGUCCUACUUAUCUUUUUAAAGAUACAUUUACAGUCUCACGUAAAUCUGUUUUCAUUAAAAUGUUGUUCAGUU